UUAAGGAUGAUGGCUGAGGGGCGUUUUGCCAGCCUGCCGAGGUCCCUGCAUGCCCACCACACCCUGGGUGGAGGCUCUGCUCACCCUGGAGUCCCCCCCUCCUCUCUGGGAGUCUCCAGCAGCAGCACCUGCUCCUCCAGGAGGCUCCAGGCCUCCCUCGCCUCCUCCAUGGACCUCCUCAGCUCCAGACCGGGUUUUCCUCCCGGCAGCAGUGGCAGCCUAUCAGAGCUUCCCACUUCUUCCUACCAGCAAGUCUCCAUUCACGGAACUCUGCCUCGGCGCAAAAAAGGAGGGGUCAACAUCACCCACGGGAACUACACCUGGGACCCCAGAGCCAAUCACAUGCAGCCGGUACUGACUCCCGGACAAGUCAAUAAACCCCUGACCUCCCCGCUUGUCCAAAACAUCAUUGAUGACUUUCAUGGUUACAGGGAGCCCACUGCAGGUCUGGACGCCACCGUGGACUAUGUGAAGUCCAUGUCUGAACCUCUCUUAUCGUUCUCAGCCUAG